AUGUCUAAUAUCUUCAAAGUUUCAAAAAUCCUAAUAAUCAGUAAAAGGGGCUUGCUUUUUUCCUCACACAAUCGAUUGAGAUUCAUCUCAGCUGCAGCAGCCUCUGUUUUAGUUCCAACCCACCACCAAAUAAGCCGUCUCAUUUUGGAGCAGAAAUCAGCCAACGAAGCUCUCAAAACCUUCGAAUGGGCCUCGGCGAUUCCCAGCUUCACACACGAUGUCUCCACGUACCGAGCUUUGAUCCACAAGCUCUGCACUUUUCGACAGUUCAAUGUCGUGGAGAAGCUGCUCGACGAAAUGCCUAAGAGAAUUGGUACUUUACCGGAUGAAGACAUUUUCAUUACCAUCGCCCGUGGUUUCGGGCGGGCUAGAAUGAUCAGGGAAGUCAUCAGAGUUCUCGACAUGGUGGCCAAGUUUGGGAAGGCUGCGCCGUCUUUGAAAUUAUUGAACACGAUUCUUGAUGUUUUGGUGAAGGAAGACAUUGAUAUAGCUAGGGAGUUUUACAGGAAGAAAAUUGUGGGAAUUGGUUUGAAAGGUGAUGAUUACACUUAUGGGAUUCUGAUGAAGGGCUUUUGCUUGACGAAUAGAAUCGGGGAUGGGUUUAAGCUGCUGCAGAUAAUGAAGAAUCACGGUGUUGAGGUUAAUGUUGUUGUGUACAACACUUUGAUUCAUGCCCUUUGCAAGAAUGGGAAGGUUGGUAGAGCUAGGAGCAUGAUGAAUGAGAUGGGAAAAUACAGUGAUGUGACCUUCAAUAUCUUGGUAUCGACGUAUUGCAAUGAGGGAAAUCUUGUGCAGGCUCUGGUGAUGGUGGAGAAGUGUUUUAGCAGCGGCUUUGUGCCCGAUGUUAUUGCCUUGACUAAGUUGGUAGCGCUUCUGUGCAGCGAGGGGCGUAUCUCAGAGGCGGUUGAGGUGAUGGAGAGGGUGGAGGCGAAGGGAGGGGCUCUUGAUGUCGUGGUUUACAACACGUUGUUGGAGGGUUUUGUGAAAGCAGGGAAGGUUAAAGGAGGAUGUGGCUUCCUUAGGCAGAUGGAGGUGAAGGGUUGUUUACCGAAUACAGAGACCUACAAUGCUCUGAUCUUAGGUUUCUGCGAGUCUCAUGAGAUGGAUCAAGCUCUUGAUCUGUUUCACGAGAUGAAGAGGGCCGGUGUCCGUUGGGAUUUUGUAACGUUUGAGACGCUAACGUAUGGGUUUUGCUCGAUGGGAAAGACUCGUGAUGGAGUGGAAAUCUUCGAGCUUAUGCUCGAGGAGAGAGGGGGAUGUGGUGGAAGGAUUGCUUCUUGCAAUAGCAUUCUAUACGGUUUGUACAAGAGUGGCAAUGUUGGUAAAGCGCUUGAGUUUCUCAACUACAUGAGGAUUUGGUUUCCUCGAGGCGUGGCUCAUACUCUCACGAUCCUACGGCUAUGUGAAGAGGGCAACGCAGACGAAGCUAAGCUAGUUCUUGAUGAGAUGAGGGAGAGGGGGAGCGUUCCGAGUGCUCUAGUUUAUGCGAGUUUGGUGCAAGAGUACUGCAAGAAGGGAUGCAUGAAGGAGGCGGUGGAGCUCGUGAAUGAGAUGAUAGGGCUCGAGUAUUUCCCCGUUGCAUCGACGUUUAAUGAGCUGAUCAGUGGGUUCUGCAAGCAGGGGAAAGCUGGGAUUGCAGUGAGGCUCAUGGAGGACUUGAAGAUGAGAGGCUGCCUGCUUGAUUCGGAGAGUUACGGGUUCGUAGUCGACGCGUUGUGCAGUGAAGGAGAGCUGCAGCAGGUUUUUGUGAUGUAUAUGGAGAUGAUGGAGAGAGGCAUUGCUCCAAAUCAUGGGACAUGGAAUUCAUUGACUGUGAUGACUAUGGAAGGGAAGAAUAGGUUGUCUGAGAAUAGACUGUUGGAAAGGCUGAUAAGGAGCUGAUUUUUGGACACUUUCAUGUAGAAUUCUUGAAUUGUAUGACAACUAAAUGUGUUGUUUUAACUAUGGGUUAUUAGUGCAUAAAUACACCAAUUUUGGGACAAAUUCA